AUGAUUCUACAAAGAAGGCAGACUAUCCAUACCACGAAGAACCCAUCUGAAUGCGCACAAAUUAUUUCGGGCAGCAUCUUGAAGGGUGAUACCAAUCUCCUAUCAAAAUAUGAGGCUAGGGCACAACCCAAUCAACGUUUGCGUCCUGCCUUUGGGAUCGAUAACGCUUUCACGACGGAUCACAGCGAACGACACAAAGAAUACCGGAACAAGGUCGGCACAAUGCUGAGGCCGGAUUGGAAUAUGGUUGCAAGUGCCGCGAAAAGGCUAGCUAAGAAUGAAUGCCCUAAAAACCUUGUCAAUUUGGUACAGUCUUUCGUAUUAAAGAUGACCAUCAAUGUCCUAUUUCGACAUGAUUUUCCUUCACUGGACGACGAAUCCAUAUCGUUAGUCGCCUCCGAAAUCAACGAUAUCUGGAUCGGCUCAAAAUUACCCCGCCAUAUCGUGCCCUGGUCCAAGCAGGACAGACUCCACGAUGCCCUGCGUCUCUUGGUUCCAAACCGGGAUCCACUAGACCCGCAGAGGAACGCUAUGAAUUUUAUCCUCCCGGCAUUCGAAACAAUGUGGCGGAUAGUACUUCGCUGCUUCAUAGAAGUUCGGUACAGAGGCGCAGAAGAAACAGAAGAGUGGAUAGCUGCGUUGAAGUUAUUUUUGGAGAACCCUACCGUGCGGCUGGAAGAUUCUCAUGAGGGGGCAUCGGAGAUCGAAAAGGCGAUCUCAAUCGUUCGUGAAGCACUUCGACUAUAUCCACCUACUCGCCAUAUCCAUCGCCAUUUUCGAUUUGCGAGCGGCUCUUCAAUUCUUGCUAUCGCCGACAUCGAAGGACUCCAUCGGGACACAGCAAUCUGGGGCUUUGAUGCAGACUGCUUCAGACCGUCGCGCUGGGCAAACAUGAGGCACGAACCAGAGCCUUUCAAUGCUUGGAUGCCAUUUGGUAGCUCGCCAUUCCUCUGUCCAGCGAAGCCUGAUUUUGGUCCUAGAAUGAUUGGUAUAUUAGUGGCAGCCCUUGUUGAUGCAUUCUCCGACGUCCGGUACGAAUUGAACGUCAGAGAUCCACGCGGUCAAAAGGAAUCGGCGAAAUUCUACGGAUUGCUGCGCUCCGACAGGGACUCGUAUAAGGAAUUGUUCCUGGAGAAAGUUGAUCGUCGCUGUCGCUGAAGUCCUUCGCUCCGAGGUAAUUGGCGAGCCAAAUUGCGAACAAGCUGUCGACUGCUCGCGUCACUAGAUGGCUCGACGCGACGAAAAAAAAACACGUUAGCCUAGAAUCAAAUAUCGUUACGGCAUAGAUGUUGAUCAUAAAAUCCGGGCUCUGCGCGAAUUACCUCAACCAUUCUUGGAAAACGUUUCACUCAUUCUAAAUUUGGCCUUGGGGUGUAUACUGCGCUUUAUCUUUCUGGUUGCUCAUUCUUUAUAUAACAGGUGUUUACUCUU